GGCAGUGUGCGCUAGUAGGCUACAGUGAAAUGUCCGUUUCCCUCGCUCUCUCGCCGGCUGGACGGUCGGUAGGACGCUUCUGUAGAACGCUGUCACCGGUCGUGGACAUUACCCCCAUUAGAUAUAAAUCAGGAAUCCGCGAGUUAAACCUGGAAACAGCAUCUUCGGAAAAGUUCAAGACCAUAGACGAUUUACCCGGACCAAGUUUGGCAACGACUGCGCACUGGCUGUUCGUCAAGGGUUAUGCCGACAAAAGCCAUGCAAUGCAAGUGGAGCACAAGCGUAUCUACGGUCCGAUCUGGCGCUCCCAGUUCGGUCCUUUCGAUCUGGUCAAUGUGGCCACUCCGCAGCUCAUCGCCCAGGUGAUUCGCCAGGAGGGACGCUACCCCGUACGCACCAUCAUGUCACACUGGAAGGAGUACAGAGACCUGCGGGGACAGGCAUAUGGCAUUCACGUGGAUACGGGCCCAGAGUGGUACCGUCUGCGCAGCGCGCUGAACCCCAAGAUGCUGAAGCUGCAGGAGGUUCCGGCGUUCGUGCCGGUGAUCCACGACGUGGUGAGCGACCUGCUGACGCGCCUGGAGACGCUACGCACACGUAGCCACGACAACGCCAGCGUCAGUGACGUUGCCGCAGAACUCUACAAGUUUGGAUUCGAAGGCAUCUCGUCCAUCCUGUUUGAGCGUCGUCUGGGCUGCCUGCAGGAGGACAUCCCGGUGGACACCCUGCGCUUCAUCUCAGCCACCAGCACCAUGCUGCAGCUCUCCGAGACCGUGCUCUUCUUCCCACGCUGGACCAGAGCAUUCCUGCCCUUCUGGAAACAGUUCGUACAGGCCUGGGACGACCUGUAUGACGUUGCCCAGACUCUGAUCAACGAUAAGCUGCGGCAUAUAGAGCGCAAGAUGGCGGCCGGAGAGCAGGUGGAGGGCACCUAUCUGACGUCACUGCUGUCCUGUGGCAAACUCUCCAAAGAGGAGGUCUACAUCACCAUCACCGAAAUACUACUGGGAGGAGUGGACACGACGUCCAACACGUUGUCGUGGACGCUGUACCACCUGGCGCGUAACCCAGACAUCCAGGAGAGGCUGCGGGGCGAGGUGACGUCCCUGUGUCCCCACAGACGAGAGCCCACCCUGGAGGACCUCCCCAGCAUGCCAUACCUCAAGGCAGUCAUCAAGGAGAUACUCAGGCUAUAUCCUGUCGUCCCCGGCAACGGCCGUGUGACUCUGGAGAACGAGGUUGUUGUGGAUAAUUACUGGUUUCCCAAGGAGACCCAGUUCCACCUGUGCCACUACGCGGCGUGCCACGACGAGGGCGAGUUCCCCGAGCCGGAGCGCUUCAUGCCGGAGCGCUGGCUGAGGGGCACCCCCUCCCAGAGCCAGCACCACCCCUACAGCUUCAUCCCCUUUGGGGUGGGCGUCCGCGCCUGCCUGGGGAAACGCGUAGCCGAGCUGGAGAUGUACUUCGCCCUCUCACGGAUAAUGCAGCACUACCGCCUUCAGCCAUGCGAGGGCGCCACUGUCAUCGAGCCCAAGACCAGAACUCUGCUCAUUCCCUCCAAGCCAAUCAACCUGCAGUUCAUCCCCAUCGUCUGAAGGAGGCGCUAUGAUGCCUUCUGUUUAGAGAAAGCGGUUGUGUAAUGUUGCCUGUGCCAACGUUGGGACCUUGUGGGGUCACUUUGAUUUACAUUAAUUGUUGAUCAGUCAAAAAAUGGUGUUUUAUCUAAAUCACAUUACAAUAAUACAAGACUCACAGUUGUGAUCCGCUGUAAUACACAGUAGAAAUACACAAAACAAGGCCACUGUACCAGUAGGGGUGACAAACCUGGCACCACCAGUGGCAGACGCAGUUGAGUAUUGCAGCUGUCUCCAAUGUAGCCUACUAGGCCUGCGGCUAUGCCUUCUUUAUUACACAAGCCUGCGUCACGGCAGCAUGCUAUAUAGAUGACAGGAACAGGAACUUUAAAAUGAGUUCCCUCUGGGUCUGUUGGUCUCCCUGGAAACGGAACACACGGCCAUCAUCACCAACCUAGCGCUGGCCUUGCCAUACAUAGAGCUCCAGUCAAUGUACACUUGCUACCACAUUACAGUAUGGGUCUGGGUUCAGUCCUCUGGCAGGCAGGAGGAGAUCAUUCUUGUUGCCAGAUAAUUGGCCAUUCAGCAAACAGGGCAGGGAUGGCUAACUCUACUUUGCAUCUGCACUUGUAGUUCUGUACAGUAUAUUUCCUGUGCACUACGUAUAUGUAUCUGCUAGUGAUGUUGGCUAUGAUUAUGUCCUCAAUUGUACGUCGCUUUGGUUAAAAAAGCGUCUGCCAAAUGCAAUGUAAUGUAAUGUAAUGAUGAGAGGGGACGAACAGUGAUGCUUUACAUACACUAUGGGCUGCAGACAUGUCACGACAGGGCAUGACACUGGCACCAGCCAACCGGCCAAAUGCUGGUAAAACGUGGCUGUGGCUGGUAACAAUAUCACUGUCACUAGCCAAUUUGGCGGGUAUAGCUUAUUCUAUGUUAUAACAUAUCAGAAUAGCCUUUAUUCUGCACUUUGCCCCUUGUGUAUCAACUGUUUGUAUUUAAGUUUAAGAGAAAGCUCAGCCCCUCAGUUUCUAUUUGUGUGAUUUAGUUCCAUGUAGAAACCUACUGUAUGCACUCAUCUUCUUUCUUUAGCACCUCAUCUUCUGAGGUUAGAUGUACAGCAUCAUAAUAAACAAACAAAAAAAAUAUGAUUUUUGGCUAGUAGAAUAGCUGGAUGGCUAGUGACCCUGGAAAACCACUAGCCACAGUGGCCGGCAAGCAAAAAAGUUAAUGUCAAGCCCUGUGCCACGACCAAGCAUCAGUGAUUGGGUAAAAGUCAGAUGCACACCCUCCCACCAGUUCUGGUCAGCAGUUUCUCAAUUCGGCUUUUCUUCCAGAUCCUCUGUGCGACUGAAAUUAGUACAAUACGAGGGUAUGGUAUGACCAGGCUAUCAGCAAGUAAGCAGCCAGACUGAGGGAAUGUUUCCAAUCUCAUCCAGGUGAAUGUAGAAAGGAGACAGGACUCAUUUGGGCAACACUUAGGCCAUUUUCAAACGGGGUCCCUUAUGCCAUUUAAGCAAACUCAGAUCUGUGACUCAGCCUUUUUUACAAAUAUGUGAACGCUCCGACGCGUACCCAGACCCCUCGGAAGUGAACCGUACUGAGACCUUUCUUGAGUCUCAGUACAGUUUGAUUACUCUUGGAUCCCUUUGUGUCCAUUCCUCUGCAUCAAUGCACUUUGUUUAAAGGGGCACUGUGUAAUAUUUUGAGUAGUUUAUUUGCAGAAUUCAUGCCAUUCAUGUCCAUUCACAAAUUUUACCUUUUUUUAAAAUACCGCCAUCAUCAAAUUAUACUGUAAGUAUUCAUUAUGACUGGGAAAAGGUGGACCUUCUCCAUG